AUGGCAGGAAAAGGUUUCUGCGUGAAGAUACGAUUAGAGCUGCACGCCAUAACGUGUCCCGGCGUAUGGCUGUGUCCUAACGGCAAAGUUGCGCUACGAAUAACCAGUCUCGGUUCUACCCUUGAAUCUCACAGAGUAUCACCGAUUUUUCCACUAUUAUUUCACGACGAGUUUAACUUUAAGAAAACUUUCACACGGCUGGCUACUUUGACAGAGUUGCAACGGAAGUUGGAGCAAGAGUUUAUCUACGCGGAAUUGAUACAGUGGCUCAGCCCGUGCAACGACCAGCCCAUUAUCUUGGCUACCUUCGAGACGAACUUGGCGGAUGUAUUGUAUCCGGUAGCGAAUUACAAGGGUCUGUUGGCCGGAGUCGACGUUGACCUGCUCAUGGACCCGAGCAAAUAUUUUCCCAUCGAAUCGUUCGUACAGGGUAUCAUAGCGCCCAAGAUCGAAAUUUCGACGAGAACGGUGAUAGAAGAGGUACUCGGAGUUUGCUGCACCAACGUCGACCGAGCGUACGUGGUGAAUCCCAAGACCAUCGAUUCCAAGCUGCGCGCACAGAAAACGACCCGCCAAAGGUAUCAUCAGGCAGAGAAGGGUCUGUCACAGUCGAGCAAAAACCAGCAGGCUUCCAAUUUACCGUUCGUGAGUACCGAUAGCGAAGUGCAAAGAGUGUCGCAAACAAGUAUCGAGCGUAAACGUUUUCGCAGUACGAGGUACGAGUCGAGUAACCUUGAAAACUCGUAUCAAGGUGAAGAACCUCGAAGCAACGAGUGCUAUCAUCCGCCGCGAGAGAACUCGAAUCGUCGAUGCGAGUUCCUCGCCACUGGGAAAAAAAACCAUCGUCUUUCCGCCGUUUGCGAUAAUCUGCACAUCUUCGACGGCUGUCCUGUCUGUUCCAAGUACAAAUGUUAUUUUUCUUGCGAACGCGAGCCUAUCGUCGACGAAUGCAAACGGAACAGCCUGAAAGACGUUGAAACUCGCCAAUGUUUUUUCGCCGAUUCUCCUUGUUACACACCCACGAAGGACGAUGAUUUCGUUUCGGUCACCGCACAAUGCUCGAGAGAUCGAUACCCUCUGGACCCGGAGGGAAAGCCGCGUGGCCUGGACAAGAAUUGCAGGCCGAACAAUAUUUCAGAAUAUUAUGAUUUUCAUCUGCAACCUCGAGACGAAGCGAACCACGGUUUUUAUACAAAUUUGGAACGGUUUUACAAGCGAAUGCACAAACAAGCGAGACGUCGAGCUCAAGAAGCCAAUGUAUUUUAAAAAUUGCGCAACGCCUCGUCGACAAUGUCUAUGUGUAACUUCGAGGAAAUCAAUAAAUUACCAAUACGUAGAAAAAUUGCUCCAAUUUAC